AAAUCACAAAUAUUUCGUAUAUUCACACCAAUUAAACGCAAAAGAAGAGCAAGCGCGAUUGGGAGCUCUGGAUUUUUCACAUGGAUUCAGCGAGGGAGACGAUUUAAAUAAAACAAAUUCCGCCACGACGUGUUAAGCUACGCUAAGCGGGUGGUAACAUGGCAACCGGAGGGGCUCCUUUUGAUGACAGCGCGGACGAGCUGCACAACUGGAGCGCCACCAACGCCAGCCUCGAGGACAGACUCAACAACAGGGCUUGGGGCAGCGCGCAGCAGAAGAAGGCAAACCGCUCAUCAGAGAAGAACAAAAAGAAGGUGUCGGCUGCUAUGGUGGCGGAAAGCCGCCUGACCAACGACAUUUCACCCCAUUCCAACCCCUGGAGCGGUCGACGCCGACCACUACACAUCAAAUACACCAGCCAGCGCUCAGUCCCAGACCAGGCGGAGAUGGACAAGAUCCACCAGAGGAUUAACUUCUCAGAUUUGGACGAGAGCAUCGGUAGCGACUCCCAAGGCCGCAUCACGGCUGCCAACAACCAGCGGCAGCUAACAUCAGAGAACAAGAAACCCUACAACUUUGUCCCGCUGCAUGUGAACACCAACAAGAGCAAGGAACUACUGCUGCCACCACCCGCCACCUCUGCCCCUUCCACGCCGGCUGUCGCCAAGGAAACCAAGAAGCAAAUCCUGGCAGCGAGGGAGCCCUUCAGCCCCGGGGCUAAUGCUAAGGAAACAACAACACGGGUGACCGGUGCCAACGCCGACAGACUGGCGGCGACAGCACGUGCGGACUUCGAGGGAGGAGCAGCUAGUGUCGACACAGGCCUGCUGGUGAGCAAGCUAUGUCAGAUCCGUGAGUACAUCGGCAAGGCCAGCUCGAUGCGUGACGACCUGGUGGAGAAGAACGAUGUGCCGGCCAAUGUGGAGCGCCUUUCUCACCUCAUCGAGCACCUCAAGGAGCAGGAGAAAUCCUACCUACAGUUCCUGCAGAAAAUCCUGGCACGGGAUAACGACGACGACGAUGUUAGGACCCAAGAUUCUGCUGUGGGUUCCAGCUCCUUGAUUGAGAGCACCUCACUGAACGUCGACGUGAGGUCUUCAGACGCAUCGAGCGCACCGGGGGGCUGGCCUGACUCAUCCAUGCGAGAUCAAAAGGAAGAAUUGGAGAACUUUCGGAAGCAGCACGAGCUCCUGAAGAAGAUGCUAGAGCAGCAGGAUCAGCUCAGGGCCCUGCAAGGCCGCCAGGAGGCUCUGCUGGCCAUGCAGCAGAGCGCCGAGCAAGCGCUUGCCGUCAUUGAGGACGCGGCAGUUGUCACUGAAACUACAGGCAGUGUGUCCGGCCUGAGCAUCACAUCAGAGCUCAAUGAUGAGCUCAAUGAUCUGAUCCAGCGUUUCCACAACCAACUGCGGGAUUCUAAGACAAAGUCUGUCCCUGACAACCGUCGUCAGGCAGAGAGCCUCUCCCUCUCCAGAGAAGUGAGCUGGUCCCGGGCCCCUCGGGUGUCGGGCCCUCCUCAGCAUCGGCCCGUGCUCCACUCAGCAUCUGGGCCUCACGGUGGCCUAGAUGGCGGGGCGACAGCUGCCAGCGCCAAGCUCACAAAGCUCCAGGAGCUCCAAGACAAGAAGGAAACCAUGGACAAGAUCCUACAAGAGCUGCAUUCUCUCAGAGACCAGACUCUCAACAACAACUAUUGCGGUGCUUUGUCAACGCAGCGCAGCUUGAGCACAGGCGGCUCUUCAGACUGUCCGUCUGCUAUGUGCUCAAAUGGGGCUCUGCCAGCUGCUUCUUUUUAUCCCUCGCUUGCACCACACGCAGAGUCUGCCAACUCCACAGACAAACUCAGGAAGCUGAAGGAGGUCCACAAGCGCCUCAACGAGCUCCGGGAAUUGGUGCAGUACUUUCAGCAGACGUCAGACAUGAUGGUGGAUGCCGUGAAUGAAAACAUGAAGGAGGAUGAGGACGAGGAAGUAGAGGAAGAGGAAACUGAAGACAGCUCCAUGCUUGAGGCCAUGUUUGACUCUGAGCAAGAGAAUUGUCAGCCACCGACUAACAUCAGGAACCCACAGUGCAGUGGAAACUGGGGUGACUUGAACUCCCUUGCCAACCGCCGCAGCAUCUCAAGUUGCACCACUGCCAACACUAACAAUCAUGACAGUAGACUCAACACUGAGAUCAACAACCGGUCAGCGGCCAACCUCCGCAGCUUUAAUAUCCCCUCAGCUAAUGAGUGCCAGUACAACAGGGACGCAGCCUACAAUUGGAUGAAGGACAGGGACAGUCACAAUAACGAUGGCUGUGCCAGUGGCGGUACCCGGCCCGGCGGUCCAGACGACGAGGUGUCUGGCUCAAGGUCAAGCAGCAGCCUGACCAACGACCCAGGCUUUUCCCAAGAGGUCCACCAGCAGAAGUCCAAGCAGAAGUUACGGCAGUUGCAGGAGCUUGUUGCUAUGGUUCAGAGCGAUGAUACGGACACCACGACAGCCAACGAGGAGGAAGCUUUGCAACAACGGCAGAAUAACACUAGAGUUAGUUUGGGGGGAACACCAUCUGCUGGACCCAAACAGGAUCCCCGGGGAUCGGAUGCAGCUCUCUACAGCAAGGCCAGGGAGAAGAUCUACAAAGAGAAGCUUCGACAGCAGAAGCAGGCGCUCAAGCAGCUCCACGAGGAGCGUCAGAUGCUUGGUAAGAUCCAAGGCAAGAUCCAGGACCUCCAGUUGACGUGCCCUGACCUGCAGUCCUCCCUGUCCAGUCAAGUGAGCGAGCAGGGUUUAGUAUGGAAGGUUCCGGGCGCGACUUCAACGCCGGCCGCCACACAGCCUUCCUCAUCAGCUGUGGCCAAAAGCAGCCCGGCUGUGCUCAAGCCCACCGCCCCCGAAGCUGCCGCUACUUCAGUACCUGACAACGAGCAGCUCUGGUCGGAGAUGCGUCGCCACCAGAUCGCACGGGAGGAGCUACGGCAGCGGCGCAAGCACCUAGAAUCCCUAAUGGUGGAACAUCAGAGGCGCAGCGGCCUCGCUGAGUCUCCCUGCGGGACUGAUGAGCAAGCGGGUCCCUCCCUGCUCGCUAGUAGUCGGGAUGAAAGGGCUAUGGCCACCUGGGGCUCCACUCCUUGCAACCUGGAUGAAGACGAGGAUGGCGACUACCACUCUGAGCACAGCGGGGAGGAAGAGGACAGCACAGAGAACAGCUCUGCUGAUGAUGGCCACAUCGUGCCUGCCGGCAGGAUUCACUCCAUUUGCACCAAUAGGAAAAACCAAGAAUGCAGUAACCCAGAGCCUCCACCAGGCUUUUCCUCCGAGCAAGCAUCUCCUCGUGUUAAGACCAAGCAGCAACAGCCACCACCGCCUAGAACUUCAAACCAGUCUGCAAGCCAGCCUGCACCCGCAAGACGUCAGGAAAACCUAUGCUGGGCCUCUGAGCUCUCUGUGGCUGAGGGCUCCACCCAGUGGCAGGAGCAGAUCAGUCAGCUCCAGAGACAGCUGGACUUCAGCACCAACAUGUGUCAGACACUGCUGCAGGACCAGCAGAUGCUGUCAUACAUGCUGCAAAGCUUGAUGACGGGCUCAUACAACGUGAUGCCCAACAACAUGACAUCACCGCAGGUCCACCUGGUCAUGCACCAGCUCAACCAGUGUUACAUGCAGCUAUCUUGGCAGCAAACUAAUGUACAAAGACUGAAACAGGUGCUGAAUGAGCUCUUACAACAGCAGCAAGAGCCACAACAACAAAACCAACAACACCUUUCUCCUCACCCUUCCCCUUCAGCUCCAGGAUUUAGCCUCUUCCCUCUCUUCCCUGCUACCGUGGGCGAAUUCCCUCAGGGUGCAAUAAAUGCUAAUCAGGCUGGUCCAGACCAGCAGAAGCAGAACUUGGACGCCAACACCUCCAUCAAACCGGAGUACAUGAGUUUCCCUCCCCCACUCCAGCGUUCACCUCUUAACGUCACUACGGACAGACAACCCACAGGCUGGUCCAAGAACACCUUCCCAAACAACGCUGUCCCGCAUCCUCCUCCUCCAACAAGGGAGCGCCUCCCUUCUUUCUCCCCUCCAAUGUUCCCGUCACCACAGCGACACCACAACCCCCCGACCGAGGGUGAGCGGGCCUCGGAGGCAAGUUUCAGUAGCAUCCCCGACUGUGCCGAUCCUACCACCGUCACCAAGACCUUCAAAACUGGGCGAAAGGCCUCCGCCCAGGCCAAUCUAGCCUCCCGUAGCAAGACAACCUUCCCCAAGAGCCGGCGGAAGAGGGGGAAAGGGCCCAAAAAGAACAAUGAAGGUUUGGAGAGUGACACCCUGAGCAGCACUGCAGAACUCGACCAAGAGAGGGCAGCAUUGUCUCGUCACAAGGAUCAGUAUCUGUUGGACAAACUCACGCAGGAGAAACUCAACAGCAAAACCAAGCUUGGCACCAAGCCAAACGACAUCUCCUCUGCCUAUGCUUGGAGAACACCCUUCCUCUCUAACAGAAUUGCAUGCACAGAAGCACCAGACGCAAGCAGCGACUUCUCCCUGUUCGAGGCGCUCAGGGAGACCAUCUACUCUGAAGUAGCCACGCUGAUAUCCCAGAAUGAGUCGCGGCCUCACUUUCUCAUUGAGCUCUUCCAUGAGCUGCAGUUGCUCAACACGGACUACCUGAGGCAGAGGGCGCUCUAUUCCCUGCAGGACUUGGUCACCAGGCACCUGGCGGAGAAGAGCACUUCCCAGGAGAUGCCACCGUUGGCUGGAGUUCCUUGGGCCGGGGGCUCUCAGUCUGAGCUGACGCCCAGCGAGAGUUCGACGAUCAGUGACGCAGAAAUGGUAGAGAAGAACUUGAAGAAGAAAGACGACAUGGAGUCUGUGGGUAAUGACAGCACCUUGUCUUCUACUAACCUGGAUCCAUUUUCCAAGGAUGAUCUAGGCAACACAGUGAUCCACUUGGAUAAAGCUUUGGCCAGGAUGCAGCAAUAUGAGCGCAUGAAACAGAAAGUGCACACGAGCACCGCCGGGGACUCAGACCACUGCAAUGUUGAACCCGGUGCUUCUGAUGCUGCUGUAGAAUCUACGGACGGCGGUGCCUCUGGUGACGUGCACUCUCCUCAGAUCGACACUGUGCAGCUCAAUCGGCAAAUUAAAGAUAUCAUGACAGAGGUCAUUCCCUUCCUCAAGGAGAACAUGCACGAGGUGUGCACGCCGCAGCUGCUGACGUCGUUGCGCCGCAAGGUCCUGGCACUCACGCAGCAGAACGAUGAAAGCAAAGAGUUUGUGCGCUUCUUCCACCGGCAACUGGGGGGCAUCCUCCAGGACUCUCUCAGUAUCUUCGUGGGCCAAACCCUGAAGGACUGCGGCGAGGACCUACUAGUGGAGGUCUCGGACAUCCUCUUCAACGAACUGGCUUUUUUCCGACUCAUGCAGGACUUGGACAACGGCAUUGCCAUCUCCCCGGAAGCCAGGCAAAACAACACGACGAAGGCUGAGCGGUCUCCUGACGCUAGUCACACUUUGAAGAAAACCUCAGCUGUUGAAGUUAAUGCCUCAGACUCUCCCGAUGAAGACAAGGAUAAAGACGACACCGAGGAGGAGGCUAUUUCUUCUCACCUGCCGAGCAAAAUAAAAAGUUGCGAUGAUGAAGAAGAGGAAGAGGCAGAUGGUGGGGCAAUGCCAGUAUCCAUCAGAGGGCUAUCGAAAGCGGAAACUCAAGCCCUGAACAACUACGGCAGCGGCGAGGACGAGAAUGACGACGACGAGCAAGAGCCGGAGGAGUUCGACGCCGGGCCUGUGGACGUGCAGACGUCCCUGCAGGCUAGCGCGGAGGGCCCGGCGGAGCAGAAGGGCGAAACGGCCGCUGAAGCCAAAGAAGGUGACCCCAAAUUGGCCAACAACAAUGCCGAGAGCAGCGAGUCGUCAGUUGUAAAUUCGCCCGGGCAUGAGCCCGCUGAGGUUGUGCGUCAGAACUCCGAUGAAGGGGAGGACCCAGUCUGUGGUGCUGUUCCUGCUCCAGAGGAAAGUAUCACAAGCUCAGAAGUUCACACGGCCACGAAAGACUCAAACACCACGAGCACACCCGACACCGAAUCCCCCGUCAUGAUCAAUGUCGAUGAAGCGGGAUCCGGCAACAGCAGCCAGAGGACGUCGGACGAAGACGAUUUCGUCAAAGUAGAUGAGCUUCCGAUGCAGCUCCCCGUCAAGUGCCAGGAGGAGCUUCAGCAGAGGAUCUUGGAGGAGCAGCAGACCAACGACCUGCGCGUGGAAAUUCUCAGCGGCGACGCAGAAAUGCUGCCGGGGCUUGUGGGAAAUGAGCACCAUCUUAAGGAACCAGAAUCAGCUGAAUAAUUCAAGAAGUGAACCAUCUCCGAAUGACCUGAUGUAGGUUUUGCACCCUUGAUUCGUUUCCUCUUCUGUUUAAUAUGUUGUUUGUAAUGAUACUUUAAUCACAAAUAGGGUAGUCUUAUAACACCUAAGUUUGUAGUUUUUAAUAAGUGUCUGGUGCGGGCAGGGCUCAAACUCUCGAGACAAGUUCAAAACUUUAGAAACAUUUUUCAGUCAUUGGUUGGGACUGUGAAUUCGAAAGGUUCCUCAUUGUUGUUCUGCAAACUGACUUCCGUGUUCUGACUGUUACGGUUUCAAUAAAAUGUGGGGGCGCUUUAAGAAAAGAUGAAGUUAU